AUGGAGGCAAAUAUAACUGUCCCGGUCCUCCAGCUCUACGCCAUGGGAUUUCGUCUGUGAGCGAACAAGAAAAGUUUAAUUUAAAAGCAUCGCUAAUGUUCUACAAUACUCUAUUAUUAGAAAUUUAUCAACCGAAGUUGAUCCUCAUAACGUGAACAACAGCUUCAUUAGCAGUGUGUGGAAGGUUCUAAAUUUUCUUGCAGGAAAAUAAAAGUCGAAAAGUUUUGGCUUGUACCUUACAAAAUCCUAGCAUCUUUCUUCAAAUUUUGAACACAAACUUAAGAACUCCAUAAUAAUUCCUAUAAGGGCAACCUUAGGGGCGCUUAAAGGGUCCUCUAUAAAGAUCACUUUAUCAAUCACUGUAGGGGCUCCUAAAGCUUCAGAAGCUGAAAGGUCAGACCCGAAACUCCUAUAGGGACUUCCUUGAUUUUACCUCAAUAAAGACCGCUUUCUCGGCCCCUAUUGGUGCUGUUAUCCUCCCUAACCCUUAUAUGAACCAUUCAUUCCUAAAAAUUUACAAUUUUGUCAGUUUGCGCUGAUUGCUCCGUUGCUUCUUCUAACAGGUUUUGGCCCUUUCAAUUAACACAUUGUUAAGACUCUCUAGAGGAAAAGCGUCUUCAUACGGUAUCUUCUGUCGGAUGUCUGCGUCGCCAAUGACGCUUCAGCACAUGUACAGCCUCGAUGAGAGCACUAUCAAUGGCGUACUGAAAUUUUUCUGUUAAAAAAUUCUUCUUUAAGGAAAAAAAAAUUCAUUGUAAUGUAUCUGCGAAAUAAGGUCUCUGUUUUUUCAGUACCGUCUGCAGCGGAAGCGACGGGCUGGUAUUUCCGGUGGGUCAGCUGUGAUGCCGAGAGCUGGAGCAGCUUUUGCCUGCGCGGGCGGCAACGGUUACAGUAGUGCUGGUCAGUUUUAUUUGUAUUCCACUUUGUUUGGUUGACUUCUCUAACUCAUUCAUUAGAUAGUUACCAUUAAACCACAAGAAAGGACCAGCGAAAUCAUUAUCUCCCCAGAGAGUUCGAGUCUAUGGAUUUUCAGGCGAGAUCAAAAACUAUAUAAUUAAUAAUCCUAUUUCUGUUACUCGUAGCGAAAAAAAAUAGUUUUUUUACGCUGAUUUUUUUCUUCUAAAGUGCCCAACAGAUUAAUGAAAAAAUUUUUUUAAAUUCAUACUCCACAUUUAGCAGAUCUCAUCUGAAAAAAAAAAAUCAAAAAUGGAAGUUUUGUGCAGGUUGCGACUCCCGGGAUCUUUUAUUGGAUCAUCAAUGAGUGUUCUGGCCAAUUUUCAGAAAAUUUUCAACCAAAAGGUAAAAUGACCAAUCUUAUAAGGCCAGUUUACUGAUUAUCAGUGAUACCAAGAAGGAUCCCUCUUUUUUCCGAGGGGCCAUACAAAAAACAAAGGAUGCGGAGCGAAACAUUUUUGCAAAAACCUUUUACGGAGCGUGGAAUAUUUUUGCAAUAGUAUUUUACGGACAUAGUCAAAUCGAGAAAGGGUAUCGCGAAACCCUCUGAAGUUUAUCGCAGGCUUCGAAGUCUCACGAUGGUACCUUGAAUACCUCUGAGGAUUUUAAGCAAAAUGAGAGGGGCUUGAGAGAGACUCUGAAGUACAUACCUCCGAGUUGGCUCAGAUAUAGCUAAAAGGUAUGCUGGAGAUCUCACGAUGGACACAUUAUGGGGUCUUUACGAUCCAUUUUGAGAGGUACCUUUGUAGACACAUUAUGGUACCUUCUCAAUUCGUCUGGGGAGCGUGGAAUGUGGAAUUUCAAAAAAGCGCGCAUUCCGCACAUCUCUGGUGUGUAAAGGUGUCAGAAGAAAAAGUUAAUCAGCGCGAGUGGACUCGUUGAAAGUAACCGCGAAAGGAAACUAGAAGUUAAAAUGGAAAGGCAUGACAAAAUUGCAGGUGUGUCUGGAGGCAAAGGGUUUCCGCUAUUGGGGGGCCGCUCUCCUCAAUCUUCUUUCGACUCGAAUCAGGACGUGGCUCAAGUGAGCCUUUGUUUGUACCAACAAAAAGUUCCAUUGCAAUUUGAGGCUGGGAAUUUCAGCGGCUAUCAGGAUAUUCAAAACCGUAGUGUAAAAAGACAUUUCUUGUCAACGAAGGUUGAUUUUUCAAAAAUAUAUAAUAUUAGGUUGGUGCGUGAUAUGCGUGAUCGCAUGCUGAGCAGGUGUCUCAACGGGUGUACCCGUAUUAAAACCGUGUUUCUGAGGUUAUUUUAGUCUCAGUUGGGCUAAAAAUUGCCAAAAGUUCUACCAGCUGGGCUUAUACGGGUUUAAUACGGGGGCACCCGCUGAGACCCCGUGAGCACGGCUGGGUUACCCUGUUCAGCAUUCGAGAUAGCUUAUUUUUUUCAAAAAUUUUAAAUUUAUUUCUUCCUAAUGCUCUAAUUUGACCAAAAAUUCCCUGAAAGGCUCGCUCGUACUGAAGAUGGUCAUUACUGGGGCUCUUCUUGAGACUAGGUAUCAUUUCGGAUCGAAAUUUUUUCUCGAAGAGUGCAUGCUCAUCGAUAGAAUGGGCAUCUAUUUUUCAAAUGGUGGUGCGCCAAGUGACAAAUAUAAUGUAAAUAUAAACAUACUUAAGUCAAAAUCAAGGUAACGAUUCCAUUUGAAGAUUUCAAUGAAUUGGAUGAGGAUGAACGGGUUAGGUCAGUCGGUUCGACCGUUGCUUACUGGUAAUCACACGCCAAAGGUACAGUUUUUUCUUCUUCUCUCUCUAAUUUUGGCACGGCCUGUUACAAAUCGUCUUCCAGAAUUCGCAGUCGACGUCGCAUAUUCCGCGCAUCGGGUCUCUUCGGCGAAUGCAGAUCGCCGGCGAUGCAGACCUUGACGGCAAACUGUCGCGAAGCGGCACUCAGGCUGACGUUGCUUUAUUUGGUGAGAUUUCUCACUUUUUAUGUAAACGCCCAAGGUUGAACCCACUCCAAAGUUUAUAAAUCCUUUAUUUUGUCUGAAAUGAAUUGUGAAAAGUUUCGAAAAAACCACAAAAUCGUAUUUUUAUUAAAAGGUUGCUCUACGGCUCUAACGUUUUUAAACGUUUGAAAUCGAAAAAAACCUCAUUGAAGAUUUUGAACAGGUAUGCUUCAUUCCCCAUAAACAGGGGGUCAAUUUUUUCAGUUGUGGCUCGUGAUUCCUUUUAUGAGGCAUCAAUUGCGAGUUCUUUGAAUUUUUGAACUUUUAUCCCAAAUUGAAUAAAGGGUAAUAUUACCUUGAAAGUGGUUCCAUCAAUUUUUAAUUUUCUUCAUUCUAUUUUGCCAAAAAAAAAAAUCUCUUGAAUAGAAAUGAUAUAAAUAUAGUAAAUAUCCGUGGGUCCGUGGAUUUGCCCAACUGA